GCAAUCAGGGAAACCCAAAAACGUGAGGAGGAGGAGAGGCUAAAGCGUGAAGAGGAUCAGAGAUUGAAGCUUCUAAAAGAGGAGGCGGAAAAGAAGGCUAAAGAGGAUGCCGAGAAACAAAAGGCUGAGCUGCAAGAGAGGCUGAAAAAUGAAGAAAAAGAAAGAGAGGCUCGUCGUAAGAGAGUCGAAGCAAUCAUGUUGAGGACGAGAGGGAAGAAUAACUCUAAUUCGCCAUCACAACAGAGUACGGAGGAUAAAAAUAACGAGAAUAAGUCUGACGAAGAUAAUAAGAGUGUUGAAGAGAGUAAGGUGAAUGGGACGAAAAUCGUUGAACAGCAGGAAAAUGGAACCAUCAAGAAUAUGAAAGGCGAUGAGAUUGUAGAUAACAUGUGAGUCUAUAAUGAUAAUAAUAAUAGAAUGUAUUCAUCAGUCAAAAAUUAUGCAUGGCUUUAUACUUACACAUGUGUAUGAAACUUAUCAGACAAGUCAAAACAAAAAGAAUUCAAUCUACAAAUAAGUUGUUGAGAUAGUGUAGUCGCAAAACAUAACCAAAAAAUUAUACAUGUUGAUAUUAAGUUUUUGAUUUGGGAAAGGGGAUAAUUUUUUC